AUGAGUAAAUCAGUGAAACUGGCAAAAAUAAGAGAAUUUGUGGCAGUAGUGCCUGUUAGUAUUUAUAAGAGCUACAUUUUUGUGGGAGAACUGGGCCAAUUAAAAAGUGCCAGUUAUGCUCUUUCACGGGCUUUCCGUCCCCCAGUCCAGCGCAGGUGGAUUCUUCUGCCUUUACCCUCUGCUGGCUACAAUGUGCCAAAGACGGCCCUAAGGGCAGCGAGAGACGGGCUCCUUAUCCAGAGACUUGGAUCUUCACCCCAUGGCAGCUCUAUUAGUGAUGUCAAACACUUCCAAGGGAAAACCGGCAUCACACGCCAGGUCUGCCUGUUCACGCGCGACGAGCCGCGCGCCUCGGCCGAGCACACGGAGCGCACGUACCGCGAGCUGCUGGCGCGCAGCGGCGUCACCGGCGUCACCCGGAUCAUCUCAUACAAAACUCUCAAAAGUGAGUACAAACCGUUCGAGGCGAAGCGCCGGCUCAUGAACAGAUUCGAUCUCUUCCUGUCGGAUGCCCGAAUCAGGAGGCUGCUGCCCUCGCACCUUGGCAAACACUUCUAUCGGAGUAAGAAGGUUCCUUUGUCCGUUAACCUGCAAGCCAGCAACCUCGCUAAGGAGCUGAACAAGUACAUCCAGGGAUCCGUGCUGCCGGUCACCAACAAAGGCUGCUGUUAUACAGCACGUAUAGGACACACUGGGAUGAAGGCUGAUGAGAUAGUAGCAAACGUCGUGGCUGCCGCCGAGGUGAUUGCAAAGAAGCUACCAAAGAACUGGAAAAAUGUCAAAAUUCUCCACCUUAAAACAGCUAAAUCGAUUGCUCUUCCAAUUUUUACUGCCCAAAUCUCCCAGUUGGAUGAGCUUGACAGAGAGCCAUUGGUCGAUAAACAGAAAGAAAAGAAAGAAAAGAAAAAAAGGGUAAAGAAACCAAAGAAAGCAGGUGAAAAAAUGACUUCAGGUGAAGUUGCUGUGACAACUGAAACUAACACUACUGCUGCUAAGCAAGAGCCAGUGGUGAAGGAAAAAGCAGAAUUGGCUCAAGAGCCAGACGACGAUGAUGGAGAAAUUCCACAACUGGUGCCUAUUGACGAAACAACCGGCGUCGCUCAGCUGAAGAAAAUGGAACCAAAUGAGAGUCUAGGAAAAGGUGGCAAGCUGGGCAAGAAAACGAAAACACCUCUUGGUAAGAGGAAAAAUCCGUUCCCUCAGGAGACCCCAAAAACGAAACAUAAAGUUACUGCAGAGCAGGCAAGUCUGCCAGUAUCACCAACACAAAAACAAGCCAAACAGCUCAACACGCCAAAGGAGGCAAUAAAGAAAAAAGAGUUCAAAAAGACUCCCAAAAAGCCUGAAGCAAAGUUUUUUGCAACACCUAAAGCUGGAAAACUAGUACAGUCAGCGAAGAAACCUUCCAAAACACCAAAAUAGAAACACAAGAAAAAAAUUCAGACCACAACCA